CAGCCAAUCCUACGGUGGGGAACAAUUUGCUUUGAACUUUGCGCAGGAUUUAAACACCCGGUCGUGCUGCAUAAAAUGUGGUUUCUUGUGGAUUUUCCUCUUUUUUUCUCUCUUUUUUUUUUAAAUCAGACGCCCCCAGUGAUCGCGGGCUGCGAUACAGACAGGAGAGGGGGGAAAAAAGCCCUGAUUGCUAAUCUCUGCAGCAAGAUGCAUGAUAAAGAUACAGAAGGUGAAACAAAGAGUAUCUGCAGCUGCGUAUUUUACGCUGCGCGGAGAAGUUAUUUGGGUUCAGACGCGCCGCAACAAGGCAUGUCCCGCGGCUAUAAGCUUCCUGGGAGAAGGGGGGAAAUAAAUAAAUAAAUAAAUAAAUCAAAAGAUGGGCGGGUAGUGCGUCUCUGGAAACAGGCUUACAGGUGGAUUUGAUAUGUGUUCAGUGUUUAUCGGUGGGACGACUUUCCUGCCUCGCUGACAGAGCAUCCACUCCACACCUUGCGCCAGAGGAGGAGGAGGAGAGGCGCGUGGACUUGUGCUGAAGGUAGAGCAGGAGCAAAAAAAAAAAAAAAAAAAUGCACACACACACUUUAGACGUGUUUCCACUGACGGUCGGGGCUCUGAGGUGCGACAGAACUUGGACGAGCGUUUUCCUGCAUGCGAGCCACAUGUGGUUCCUCCUCAAAACGGUUUUACCUCCCAGUCAAAGUCAAUUACAUAUUAGAAGCCUGGAGCGAGAAGCGAGAAAAAUCAAGGCCCGUGGGCUGUAUUCCUGCAGAUCAGGUGUGUCAUUAUAACGGUGAGCUCAGGCUGACCUCACCUUUGUGCCCGGCGGAUGGAAACAUGGGAUCUGAUCUCAGCAGAGUCGGGCGGAGUCUAAUACACUAAUUAAACAGGUGUCUGUGGUGAUGUUGCCAUGUGCCAGCUGCUAUCUGCUCUUUUCCUUCUUUAUUCAGGACUGAUGUCCAGAUGGUGUGCCCCUCCAUGUGUGGUCCAAUCCAGCUCUCCCUGACCAUUUCAUGGGCCUCAAACAGACCCGCGCAUCCACGGCCGCAGCUUGACUCAACCCUACCGCGCACUCUGCACCUCGUCCUCGACCCCUCACCCCUAACCUUCGCCCUCAGUCCCCCACCUCCCUCUGUCAACCCUUUCCUCACAUUUUGACAAUCCUAGCUCUACCUGAGUCAAACAUGGUGGCCCGCGUUCCCGCUCUCAUCUUGGUCAUGAUGUGUCGCGGCGUCCUGCUCUCUGUCGGAGACCCGCCUCAGUCCCGCAGGGAGAUCCGCAUCGAGGGAGAUCUGGUGCUCGGCGGCCUGUUCCCAGUGCACGAGAAAGGUGCUGGGAUGGAGGAGUGUGGGCGGGUGAAUGAGGACAGAGGGAUCCAGAGGCUGGAGGCCAUGCUCUUUGCCAUAGACAGAAUCAAUUCGGACAACAAUAUUCUGCCCGGGGUCUCCCUUGGGGUCCACAUCCUGGACACCUGCUCAAGAGAUACCUACGCACUGGAGCAGGCUCUGGAGUUUGUGAGAGCCUCCCUCACCAAGGUGGACGACACAGAGUUCAUCUGCCCGGACGGAUCUUACGCCCUGCAGGACGACAGCCCGCUCGCCAUCGCCGGAGUCAUAGGUGGAUCCUUCAGCAGCGUCUCCAUACAGGUUGCCAAUCUUCUCAGGCUCUUUCAGAUCCCUCAGAUAAGCUACGCGUCCACCAGUGCCAAGCUCAGCGACAAGACCCGCUACGAUUACUUCGCCCGCACAGUGCCCCCCGACUUCUACCAGGCCAAAGCCAUGGCCGAGAUUCUCCGCUUCUUCAACUGGACGUACGUGUCCACUGUGGCGUCGGAGGGCGACUACGGGGAAACCGGUAUCGAGGCCUUCGAGCAGGAGGCGCGCAUGAGGAACAUCUGUAUCGCUACAUCAGAGAAGGUGGGGCGUUCGAAUGCCAAGAAGUCCUAUGAAGCUGUGAUCCGUCAGCUCCUCCAGAAGCCAAAUGCCCGUGUGGCCGUCCUCUUCCUGCGCAGCGACGAUGCCAGAGAGCUGCUGGCAGCCGCUGCCAGGCUUAACACCUCCUUCAUCUGGGUGGCCAGCGAUGGCUGGGGUGCACAGGAAAGCAUCGUCAAGGGAAAUGAGGUCACUGCCGAAGGAGCCAUCACACUUGAGCUGGCAGCAAAUCCCGUGCCGGAAUUCAACCGCUACUUCCUUAGCCUAAACCCAGGGAAAAACCUUCGUAAUCCCUGGUACAGGGAAUUCUGGGAGCAGCGGUUCCAGUGCUCUUUGGGUGGUGGGGGAGGUGUUGGAUUGGGAGAGACGCCCCUCCCGCCCUGUGACCAGGACUUGUUAAUGGACAAGAGUAACUUUGAGCCAGAGUCCAAGAUCAUGUUCGUGGUGAACGCGGUGUACGCCAUGGCCGCUGCCCUCCACAAUAUGCAACGGAGCCUGUGCUUCAACACCACCAAGCUCUGCGACAGCAUGAAAGCGCUGGAUGGGCGCAGACUCUACAGGGAUUACAUCCUUAACGUCAGCUUCACAGCUCCCUUCGCUCCCCCUGGCAGCGAGACAGUCGUGAAGUUUGAUUCCCAGGGGGACGGCAUGGGCCGAUACAACAUCUUCAGCUACCAGCGCUCUGCCGAUCGUUACAUUUACGUGCCGGUGGGUGAAUGGGCAGAGACUCUGAGUCUCAGCAACGAGCUGAUUCACUGGCCCAGAGACGCUGUGCCCACCUCUCAGUGCAGCGACCCCUGUGAGCGCAACGAGAUGAAGAAAAUGCAGGCAGGUGAAUACUGCUGCUGGAUCUGUACAGCCUGCGAGCCUCAUGAAUACCUGGCUGAUGAGUUCACAUGCUCACCCUGCGCUCCUGGCCAGUGGCCCACUGAUGACCUUACCUCCUGUUACGACCUUCCUGAGGACUACAUAAUGUGGGAAGAUGCCUGGGCCAUUGGUCCAAUUACCAUCGCCUGUGUAGGCUUCAUGUGCACCGGUCUGGUGUUCUGGGUGUUUAUCAGACACAACCACACACCACUGGUGAAAGCCUCGGGCAGGGAGCUCUGUUACAUCCUCCUCUCGGGAGUCUUCAUGUCCUACGCCAUGACUUUCCUUUUCUUGGCCAAACCAUCUCCUGCCAUCUGUGCCCUACGGCGCCUCGGCCUGGGCACGUCAUUCGCUGUCUGCUACUCUGCCCUGCUCACCAAAACCAACAGAAUCGCCAGGAUUUUCAGCGGCGUGAAAGAUGGAGCGGGUGCAGCAAGGCCACGCUUCAUUAGCCCGUCCUCUCAGGUGUUCAUCUGUCUGAGUUUAAUUUCCGUCCAGUUAGUGAUGGUGUCAGUUUGGCUGCUGCUGGAAGUUCCCGGGACACGGCGCUUCACGUUGCCAGAACGACGACAGACUGUCAUCCUCAAGUGUAACGUUCGCGACUCCAGCAUGCUGCUGUCUCUGGGAUAUGAUGUGCUCCUGGUCAUCCUGUGUACUGUGUAUGCCUUCAAGACCAGGAAGUGCCCCGAGAACUUCAACGAGGCCAAGUUUAUUGGAUUCACCAUGUACACCACCUGCAUAAUCUGGCUGGCGUUUCUUCCCAUUUUCUACGUCACAUCUAGUGACUACAGGGUUCAGACCACUACCAUGUGCAUCUCAGUCAGCCUGAGCGGCUUCGUGGUUCUGGGCUGUAUGUUUGCUCCCAAGGUCCACAUCAUCAUGUUCCAGCCCCAGAAGAAUGUGAUCAGCCACAGGCUUAACCUCAAUCGCUUCAGUGUCAGUGGGGCUGCCACCACAUACGCAUCGCACGCUUCUGUCAGUGCCCACCCAGUCCCAACCGUGUGCAACGGGAGAGAAAUCGUCGACUCCACCACGUCCUCCCUGUGACCACAUCCAGUCUAAAUCUGUCCCCCCCUCCCGCCCCCGCGACUGUUAGCCAACCCAUGAACAUUAUAUCCCCCCCGCCAACCAUCAUUCAACCACCUCAUACACACACACUGUAUUCGCACACACACACAAAUACACGCACAAACAGACAAACAAACCUUCCUUGUGGACUAGAACUGUAUUGUUUCACAAAAAAUGUAGAAAGUGUGUAACUAUAAUUAAAUUAUUUUCUAGGGAUGUACAUACAUGGAAUCGACAUUGUUGUAAGUAGAGAAACAAAAGAACAAAAAAAGUUUUUAGGAGGAAUUUUUGGAGCCUUUGUUUUUGAUAGCUUUGUUAUGAUGCGGUGUAAAUAGACUCGCGCUUAAUCAUGGUAGGAGGGGGUGUGUGUGUCCCUCAGUCUGGAUGCACAUUUUGUGGCUCUGCUUGCCUCACCUGCAAUAUCCCACAGACUUUUUAUUCUCAUGCUUUUUUGUAGGUCUCAUUGUAAUAACCAAUUAUGUAUGCAUUUCUAUUGUGUAUCUGUACAUUUGUAUAUUAUACUACUGAUGGUUCAAACAGCACAAUGUUGACAAGUCUUGUGACCCUAGAUUGAAUGUGGACAAAAAGGAAAAACUGGAUAGCGCAAGAUGGCAGGCACGGGCAUGUACAAAAGAAAAAGAAAAAAAAAUCCAUCAAGCUCAUUGAUUUUUGUAGUUACACUGUGCCCGAACAUCAUUUUCAGUUGGAGAGUUUAUCUCGUCACAUCUUGUGAGAUUUUGCUUCGCCUCCUAAAUCCGGGUUUUUUGCAGGUAACAAAAAAAAACAAAAAAGAAAACAUGUUUUGCUUUUGAUACAAAUGUUCAUUUUUCUAUUUCUAACCAUGGAAUCCCUUUAUAUAAAUGGCCAUAGUUCUAGACGUGUGUUCAACGAAGCAACAGUGUGUACGCUCCUGUUCUCUCAAACUGCUGUAAUGGAGAGUCACUGACGGCAGGGCUGAAAAGAUAUUGUGCAUCGACUCACUUCUUUUGCCUCAAAACUGUCAGUACUCGCAGUGCUGCGAUGGUCCUGCCGACAAAAAACAAAUUGGUGUCUUACUCGCUAAUUAUGAAUUUUUACUCUAACAACAAGGAAACUGUCUGCUUUGCUGAACACAUGUUGAUUUUUUUUUCUCCGACUACAGGGGAGUGGUAGCUGAUGUUUUUGUUCCCCAAUAGAUACAAUACGUGGUGAUGUUUUUGAAUAUGGCUAUGUGCCUUAAUUGUAUGUUUGAUAGUGCCCCAGGCAGAGGUUGUAAGAGAUCAGUUUUUACAUUACCAGCUGCAAAUCCCUGUUCGGUAAAUGUUAAAAGUGAACCCCCCCCCCCCAAGUAUAGUAGAGUACAUGUUUCAGGGCGUGACUUAUGCCACUUAGUUUUAAUCCCUUGCGAGCCUUCUGCUAUUGAUUGUUUACCUGAAGUGUGAAUCUGAGGAAUCCUUAGGUUGAAAUGACGUUCUCUACCCCACCUCUUCUCUCUCCAGUCUGUGAUUUGAAAAAAAAAAAAAACAACAUAAAAAAUGGAUAUUUCUGGUAAACACCCAUCACACUGAUUCUCAUUUGACAUUUUUUACAGCUUAGCGGCUCCAAUAAAAAGAUGGGGGAAAAAAAAGGGGGGGAAGAGAAGCUCUUAUACCAUUAAGAUGAAGUCGUUGACUCGUCGACUUAUUCAAGUGUGCGGUUUACAUGUCUGUGUUAAAUGUGUUGACGUCGUGGGGCACAGUGGAGCAGCUGGCUACGGCAGUCCCAGAGAGGCUCACGAGGGGAAGCAGAGCACACAGUGUCAGCUGCUGGCAGAUCCCAACUAACAGAGAGGAUGUCGAGGGUAGCGCUCAUAUGCAUAACAUACAUAACAUUUAGAAACAUCCAUACCCAUCAAACUCUUUAUUCUGUGGCUGGGAGUCAAUGCUGGGCGACAGUCACGAGGUUGGGGUUGGGGAACGUGUGAAUACGUUUUUUAUAAGUGAAUCUAAAGUAAACUAAAUUAGCGGACUAAUUUUGCGUAACAGCGUAUUUCAUUUUGAAGGCGUUGUAUGUAAGCAAACUGGCAUCCUGUUCACUUUUAACUCAAAGCUAAUAGAGGGCAACAUAUGAAGAGAGUAACCAACUGUGGCUACUGUUAGCUUAGUUAGCACGGGAGCAUCCACAUGUCACAAUGUCUGAACUUUUAUUUCUUCAUAUUCUGUUGAUGAUCCAAGUUCUAAUCCCCACAUGUCGCACCUUUUCAAAGAGUCGCCUGUCAUGCAAGAACUUAUCGCAUUUAGACGAUUAAUGUUAAUCAUUAUUAAUUAGUCUUAAAUGGUAAAAAUAUGCUGUAUAAAAUAAAUUUUGACUGUUAAACUCCCAGACAAGGAUAUUUUAAAAUCAACCUCCUUCCUGUUAAAAUUCAUACAGUAGGUGCAGGCAGAACUGUUGAACAUCCAUCUUUUGACCGCUCCACACCUUUUUUUUUUUUUUUUGCACAGCCGGUCUUCCGACAGCACCCUGCGAUUAUCACAAUGAAUGAUAGAUCGAAAGAAUUUUUAGAGGGGUGCAACCAAGACGAGCCGACCUACAUUGGGGCGUGUGUUAGGUGCAGAGAGCAGGAGGAGAGAGCGAUAUGUGGCAGAGCAGAGGGGAGUUGCUGCUGCCGCUGCUGCUGCUACUGCUGCUGCUGGAUUAUGUAAAGCACUCCCACAGCCCAGAAGUCACAGCGCUUCUAUGGAAGCUCAAAAGCAUCUCAGAGAUUCACAGCCUUUGUUAGCAGAAGGCUUAGCCAUCCACUCAGUGGUCCUGCUCCCACAAGAUACACCCCGCAUGGCAGGGUUGCUAUGGACAACCACCACCACAUCCGCUGCCGGAAUGUCUAUUUGUCUGCGCGGAGAGGAGGGUGGGAGGAGAGGGCGAGAGGAGAGGAAGAGAAAGAGGGAAAAAAAUGGGGUGCUGGUUUUUGAUUCAAAUUGGCAGUGACUGAUGAGAUUUGGCUCACUCAGGCCCGGUGCUCUACUCUCCCCAGCUUUUAAAUGGUUGAGCACUUAACCCUGAUUCUCCUCUCAUUUAGUCCGGGGACUAGCCUCCGACAGCAGUCUCACACUCUUCCCCUGACCCCUCUGCUCUAUGUGUGAGACUUGCUGGCCGAAGCCAGUCUCGGCCAAGACCACCGCCUAAGCCGGACCAACAGACUGGUGGCCCGCACUUUAAACUGAAGCACUCAGAUGUGGGCGCCCACUCACAGCGCAUGCCAACAAGGCGGCCUUGAGGGAGGGUUGGAAAAGGGGAUAAGGGAAAAAGGUAGAUAGAGGAGUUGGAGAGUGUAGGAGAAAAAACAAAACAAAAACGGGAUUUAGAUGUAAAGAAAAUGCAUCACUUUGAAACACACACGCGCGCACACACACACACACACACACUGCAGUCAGUUUAUCAUCUCAUGUACCCACUAGUUCUCACUGUGGCUUCCCUUAAUUGGCUUUACUCAUGAAUAUCCCCUUUUCAAACGGCAAACCAUCCACUACAUUGUUUCCCCCUAUUCAGCCUCUGCCAACUGCCAUGUGCUCUACAAAGGUCUCUGUGCUGUAGCCCCCCCGCGCUAUACGACAAAAUGUGUCCUCGGCCUUCCAGGGGGCUUUGAAACGAGACAGAAUCUGAGGGAGGUCAGGUUGAACUCUGGAACUUGUCAAUCGCAAAAAGAAAAAGAAAAAAAAAAAAAGCAAUAGUGCCCGUGUUGAUGAUGAGUGCAAUAACGAGGCUGUGAUGACAUCAUAAUAAAUAACAACAAGCAAAACAG